AUGAAUCCGGCCGUGUCCGACGUCGAGUUCGAGCAGAUGAUGACCGAUCGCGAGACCUCCGUCCCAACCACCGGAAACGAUACCCCGGCGGCCGACUUUGAUGCGACCACCAAGGCCGGCACCGGCUCUGACUCCGACAAGGCCACCGCGGCGGCUGCGGCCACCAAUCCGUCGAAGCCCGCCGCCCAUCAGCCCGGCCACCCGAGCUUUAGAAGCGAUGAGAGCGGCAUCAACUCCGGCGGCUCCCAGCGGGAGAGCUCCGGAGGCCCCCGUCCUCGACCCGUCGAUGGCAUGCCUGUUACCAGCCUGACUGAAGCCCAAGCCGCCCAGCAGGCCCAGCAAAACAACUCCUACGCACAAUUUAUGAAACCCAAGUUCGCGAGAGCGCCCAUCACCGAGGCGGGCCGUGUCGCCUACCUGGGAGAAUCAUCCAACCUCUCCAUCCUCGUGCACGAUCGCCACGGCACGACGGACGUCGUCCACUACCCCCUUCCCGAGAGCAUACGAGGCUCACGAGCCCGCCUCACCGAGCUGGACAGUCUCGAAAUCGAUAUCCUCCACCAGCGCGGCGCCUUCCUGCUUCCCCCGCGCUCGCUCUGCGACGAGCUCGUCGAUGCGUAUUUCAAAUGGGUCGCCCCCGCCGUUCCGAUCAUAAGUCGCAGCCGUUUCAUGAAGCGCUACCGUGACCCCAAGAAUCCUCCUUCGAUUUUACUCCUUCAAGCCGUGCUUCUAGCGGGCUCGAGGGUCUGUACGAACCCGCAGCUGAUGGAUGCCCAUGGGUCGACGACACCGGCGGCGACUACUUUCUAUAAGCGGGCAAAGUCACUUUUUGAUGCUAAUUAUGAAGACGACAGGGUUACCAUUGUCCAGGCCUUGGUCUUGAUGGGGUGGUAUUGGGAAGGGCCAGAAGGUAUGUGUUCUGACGUCGCUAAACUUGUUGAUAUGAGGGGUAUAGAUUUUCUGACUGGUUCCAGAUGUAACCAAGAAUGUCUUCUACUGGACCCGCGUUGCUAUAAUUAUUGCACAAGGAUCCGGCAUGCAUCGCAGGUGGGUGCUCCUCUUUACGCGAUCUUGAGGGUCCGUUCUCCACAUGCUCACGAUUGGAAUAGCGUCGAAGCCUCGCAGCUUAGCAAAGCGGAUAAACGUCUGUGGAAAAGGAUCUGGUGGACUUUGUUUACACGAGACCGCUCUGUUGCCGUCGCCCUCGGCCGGCCCGUGAACAUCAACAUUGACGACUCCGACGUGGGGAUGCUGACAGAAGAUGAUUUCAUCGAGGACGAAGCCGACAGCGUUGCGGAUUUCCCCCCGGAUUCAACGCACGUGCAGUUCUUCCUGCAGUACGUUAAGCUUUGCGAGAUUAUGGGACUCGUGCUUUCGCAGCAAUAUUCGGUCGCCUCGAAAUACCGGCGCACCAACGCGAUGGACCUAACCCAUAGCGAUAUGGCGCUGGCAGACUGGCUGCAGAACUGUCCGCGAGAGGUGUGCUGGGAGCGAAAUCGGCACCAUUUCUGGUCUGCAUUGCUGCAUUCGAAUUACUAG